AUGUUCUCCUUGAAAAACAUUAACAGAAGGAAAUAAUUUAUCUCCUACUAAUCUUUCUCAUUAACAUUCAAGGAAAAGUCUAGAUAUGUCAAGAUACAAUAAAUCAAUGUGAAUGAAAAAAUAAUGGCUAUUGGGAUUGCAUAUAGUUUCCUACCAAUUUUCUAUCUUUUAGGCUCUGAAGUACUUUACAUCAUCCAAAGGUAGAAUAUUUGCAUUUAAAAUAACUGGCAAAACUCACCAAGAAACAUCCAGGGAGAAUUGAGUUGGAAAAAAUCAGAAACUUUCCAUCUUCAAAUCUUGUAAAGAUCACUUCUAGGCAAAGACAAAUAAAAAGAUAUCAAUGCGAGUGAAAUAUAGAAUAUUGCAGUCCUACCACCUCCGAGAUAGGAUCAAAGAACAGAGGAGCGAUAACAAACUAGAAUCCACAACCAGUAGAAACAGAAGCAAUAAUCAUAACUGCAUUUAUGUAUCACAGCUUCUUUUAUCGAAUGA